AUGGUCGAGGAGGGAGCGAACAAUGCUUCGACCAUGUUGAAUGGGCAUUCCAAGUCGCCGAGAUCGUUACAGGCAAAGAAUACCAAGAAUCUCUUCUUGAACAUAGGGGACAAUAAUGCGACGGGAACAGAUUCGAAAAGGGCUAGCGGGUAUCUGCCGAACAGUACAGCUAAACCAAUGAUUAUUGGUACAUUCAAUGGUAACGGACACAGUCAACAGCAGGUAACGAAGGUCUUAACACCGACAUCAAACUCCAAGUAUUCGCCUUCAUCGCCCAUAUUCAAACGUAAUGAUACGUCUAUCUAUUCGUUACCUAGCGCGGUCUGUACAUCUCCAUUGUACGCAGCACGCAAAUGUCGCAGUAACUCGAAUUUACGUUCACUGUCCAACAAGAGUGAACGAGUACAGUCCCCAUCGCUUUCUGUCAACACGAAGGAGCUGCAGUCUUUGGCUAGCGGAAGGUCUCGUUCGCAGACCAUGUCUUCUUCUUUGGCGACGUCUACUCCAUUAGCAGCUGAAUCAGGAGGCAAGAAAACAUGGGUUAUACCUGAGCAAGGUUCCUUCAAUAUAUCACAACGGGGAUCAUAUAAUCUGAAGAGUAACUUUAACGAUGAUGUGGAUGUGUCUUUUUCGAAAGUCUACAAAGAAAAUGCAUAUCCAAAUGGGCCGCUGUUAGUUAUACCUCGGAAAAUAUUUCUUUACUCAGAGCCGAACCUAGAAGAAAUUUUAAGUUUCGAUGUUGUUAUUAAUGUUGCAAAAGAAAUUGUGGAUUAUACAAAUCUGAUACCAAGGGAUGGAAAAUUAGAGUACUAUCAUAUACCGUGGACCCAUAGUUCAAAAAUAUCUCUCGAUCUUGAGUAUCUGACGAAUAUUAUGCGAGUUGCCGUUCUGGAAAAUAAGAGAGUUUUGGUUCAUUGUCAAUGUGGUGUUUCACGCUCUGCUUCACUUAUUGUAGCAUAUAUUAUGAGAUACUUCGAUAUGAGUUUAAAUGAUGCAUACGGUCAGCUGAAACAGGUGGCCACAGAAAUGAGUCCAAAUAUGGGAUUAAUCUUCCAGUUGAUGGAGUGGAGCGAACAACUCUCGCAGAAAAAAGAUGCAAUUUCAACAAAAAAUGAGGAAAAUAAACUGAAUAAAUGUCAGUCGGUGGAGGCACAUAUUGCGAUAGACCAAGAAAACAGUCCUAGUCUAGAGAGCUUUGGUAUACCAAUAUCAGAUUUCUCGUCUCAAAAUGAUAUUACCUUAUCGCCAGAAAAUACUCCUAAAACAUCAGAUGAUUUUUUCAAAACUUCAUCUGCAUCAUCGUCAGCAUCAACUUCAAGUAGCACAAUCGUUGAAAGUCAAGUAACCCCGGAAUCGCUCGAAAUGCCUUCAGAAUUAAAAGGCUACAUACCAACUUCAAGUGAAGUAUCAGUCUCUAGCAGCUCAAGUAUCUGGAGAUAG